UCAGGAGGGCCAACGAAGGCUGUCUCUUCCGGUGUCAUGGCGUCAGUUGCAAUAUCAUGGCAAAAAAGGGAGUACUAGAUGUUUGCUAGACAACUGUUUUUUGCUUCUGUUCUCCGUUGACUGCUUAGAAAGAAGCUCGGAGACCUCCAAAUUACGCAAUGGAGGCGGUGACCUUUGAGGAUGUGGUUGUGAACUUCAGCAAUGAGGAGUGGACUUUGUUGAGUCCAUCCCAAAAGAACCUCUACAGAGAUGUGAUGGGCGAAACCUUUAGGAACAUGACUGCAAUAGGAGGACUUGGGAAUAUCCAGGAACCUGAAAAAGAAUGCAAAAUUUACUGGAGAUACUUAAGAAAUGACAAGCUAGGGAAAUCCUAUGGACAUACAUCUUGGAAUCAGUGUAAAGAAUUAUUCCCUUGUACUGCAGAAGGUAAUGUGAAUGUGAAAGAAGCCGAAACACACCACAAUAUUCAGAUCCAUGAAAAAUAUUGCAGUGGAGAGAAAUCCUAUGUAUGUCAGCAAUGUGGAAAAGGGUUCACCAAAUCUGGACACAGUAAGCAACAUGACAUAAUUCACACUGGAGAGAAACCCUAUGUAUGUAAGAAAUGUGGGAAGGCUUUUAACACAAGGGGACAUUUUAAGAAACACGAAAGAAUUCACACUGGAGAUAAACCCUAUGUAUGUAAGCAAUGUGGCAAAGCUUUUAACACAAGGGGAUAUUUUAAGAAACAUGAAAAAAUUCACACUGGAGAGAAACCCUAUGUAUGUAAGCAAUGUGGCAAAGCUUUGAACACACAGGCAAGUUGUAAAAUACACAAAAGAAUUCACACUGGAGACAAACCCUACGUAUGUAAGCAAUGUGGGAAAGCUUUUACCCGACAUGGACAUUGUAAGCGACAUGAAAGAAUUCACACUGGAGAGAAACCCUAUGUAUGUAAGCAAUGUGGGAAAGCUUUUAACAGAUGGGGAGGUUGUAAGAAUCAUGAAAUAAUUCACACUGGAGAGAAACCCUAUGUAUGUAAGCAGUGUGGAAAAGGUUUUACCAAUUCUGUACAUCGUAUGCAACAUGAAAGAAUUCACACUGGAGAGAGACCAUAUGUAUGUAAGCAAUGUGGGAAAGCUUUUAACACACGGGGAGAUUGUAAGAAACAUGAAAGAAUUCACACUGGAGAGAAACCCUAUGCAUGUAAGCAAUGUGGGAAAGCUUUUACCCGACAUGGACAUUGUAAGCGACAUGAAAGAAUUCACACUGGAGAGAAACCCUAUGUAUGUAAGCAAUGUGGGAAAGCUUUUACCCAACAUGGACAUUGUAAGCGACAUGAAAGAAUUCACACUGCAGAGAAACCUUAUGUAUGUAAGCAAUGUGGGAAAGCUUUUAACAGAUGGAGAGGUUGUAAGAAUCAUGAAAGAAUUCACACUGGAGAGAAACCCUAUGUAUGUAAGCAGUGUGGAAAAGGUUUUACCAACUCUGGACAUCGUAUGCAACAUGAAAGAAUUCACACUGGAGAGAGGCCAUAUGUAUGUAAGCAAUGUGGGAAAGCUUUUAACACACGGGGAUAUUGUAAGAAACAUGAAAGAAUUCACACUGGAGAGAAACCUUAUGCAUGUAAGCAAUGUGGGAAAGCUUUUAACACACGGGGAGAUUGUAAGAAACAUGAAAGAAUUCACACUGGAGAGAAACCCUAUGUAUGUAAGCAAUGUGGGAAAGCUUUUACCCGACAUGGACAUUGUAAGCGACAUGAAAGAAUUCACACUGGAGAGAAACCCUAUGUAUGUAAGCAAUGUGGGAAAGCUUUUACCCGACAUGGACAUUGUAAGCAACAUGAAAGAAUUCACACUGGAGAGAAACCAUAUGUAUGUAAGCAAUGCGGGAAAGAUUUUAACAAAAAUGGACAGUGUAAGGUACAUGAAAGAAUUCACACUGGAUAGAAACCAUAUGUAUGUAAGCAAUGUGGGAAAGCUUUUACCCAACAUGGACAUUGUAAGCGACAUGAAAGAAUUCACACUGGAGAGAAACCUUAUGUAUGUAAGCAAUGUGGGAAAGCUUUUAACAGACGGGGAGGUUGUAAGAAUCAUGAAAGAAUUCACACUGGAGAGAAACCCUAUGUAUGUAAGCAGUGUGGAAAAGGUUUUACCAAUUCUGUACAUCGUAUGCAACAUGAAAGAAUUCACACUGGAGAGAGACCAUAUGUAUGUAAGCAAUGUGGGAAAGCUUUUAACACACAGGGAGAUUGUAAGAAACAUGAAAGAAUUCACACUGGAGAGAAACCCUAUGUAUGUAAGCAAUGUGGGAAAGCUUUUACCACACCUGGACGUUGUAAGGAUCAUGAAAGAAUUCACACUGGUGAGAAACCAUAUGUAUGUAAGCAAUGUGGGAAAGCUUUUACCCGACAUGGACAUUGUAAGCAACAUGAAAGAAUUCACACUGGAGAGAAACCCUAUGUAUGUAAGCAAUGUGGGAAAGAUUUUAACACACAUGGACAGUGUAAGGUACAUGAAAGAAUUCACACUGGUGAGAAACCAUAUGUAUGUAAACAAUGUGGGAAAGAUUUUACCCGACAUGGAUAUUGUAAGCAACAUGAAAGUUCAUAUUCAAGAUAAAACCAGUGUAUAUAAGCAUCAUGAGAAUUUUUGACCACAAUUACAUAUUGCAUAAUGCAUGAAAAACUUCACACUGGGCAGAAAACUUAUAUAUCUAAGGAAUGUGGGAAAGGUUUCAGCAGAAAUGCUCAUUGUCCAAUACAUGAAAAAAUUUACCCUGUUGAGAAACCCUGUUUAUGUGAAGAAUGUGGGAAAGCUUUCACCACACAUGGAUUUUGUAAAAUACAUCAAUGACUCCACACUGGUCGAGAAACCCUAUACAUGUAACAAUGUGGCAAAGCUUUUACCACAUACAGUCAUUGCAAAACAGAUGAAACAAUUCACAGUGGGAUGAAUCACUGGCUACGUAAGCAAGUGGAGACACUUUCAGCAUCCAAAUUGUAAGUGAAAUACAUGAAGAAACUCACACAAGAGAUAAAUCCUAUGUGUUAUGGGAAUACUCUCAUCACACAUGAUCAUUGUUACAUAGCUGAAAGAGCUCACUGGAUCCUAUGUGUAUUAACAGUGUGGAACAUAUGGCAAUCCAUAUUUAUUGUUAAAUACAUAGAAAAAGCAGCACUCUUCAGAUAGUUUAGAUCUAAGUUUAUUUUAAAAAUUCCAAGUAGACCUGAAGAAAUAAUCAAUACAGAAGUUUGAUGUCAAUAUUUCUUCACGAUUUUCCAGAAAUGACAAAUCUGAAGUGGAGCUCUACUCAAGUACACAUUUUGUAUGGGUUUCAGUUAAUCACUUAUACCUCUUUAGAUUUUUUAAUGUGUCUGUGCUUCAACAUGGCAUCUUGUAAUUAAACAUGGUAAACUGAAAUGGGCUUUUUACUUUCAAGUAUGGAUAGUGUCUAUGUACUUAACAUUUUGUCUUUAAAACUUAAUUUUCAUAUUUUUGUGAAUUUUUAUUUAAAGAAAAAAACCAAAAAGUGUAGAAAUAAAACAGAAUUUCUGAAAAAUAAACAAUAAGAAAUCACUAGUGAUUAAUUACAUAUUGUCAUCUUAGAGGUAAUUGUUCAAGUUACAAAAUUAAAGUAUACAAAGUGAUAUUCAAAUAAUGACACUGCGAACAAUUUACCUCAGUGAUCCAAAAAAACUUAUUAAUAUGCUUAUCUGUUCUACAAACUUGUUUUUUUAUCUUAAAGAUGGUAAAGUUAAACAUGACAAAACAGAACAGUUCAUAAGGAAACAAGUUAAGGAAACAGGUUUCAAAGCAAGUCCACUGAGAUGUUCAUUGUCUAUCUUACUGUCUCUAGUUUUCUUCAAAAUAGUUGUUCCCAUCUUCACAAGCAUUGAAUAUAUACUGAACAUUAUAGAACUAAUCAAAUAAUUACAGGAUGAUGCAGGCUUUUUUGAACUUCAAGACUGAUGUUGGGGAAGUUGAUAAUGAUUACCAUAAUGUGUCUCAUUCUCUUCAUAGUAGAUGUCUUUAUUUUUAUGUAUGCUGAAACUGAACAUAAGACACUAAACUACUAUCACUCUGAACAGUGAAUAAUAGUAUCCUGAGAAGGAGAAAGGUGAGGAAUUGCCUAAAAAAAGAAGGCAGAGGAAAUUGUUAAAAGUGUAUCAGGAUUUAAAAGCUACAGUAGUUCUAUUGCUCUGUUUAGUUUGAUUAUAUUUUGUUCUGGUCUGUCUACUCAUAUUAGAUUUGAGGGCACAGAGAGGUAACCCAAAAAUAGCAGGUUAUACCAUGAUGGUAACUGUCCUUAAUUUCCUAUUAACUAAAACUGAAACCCUGUAUUACUUACAUUGUCUUACUAUGACUGAUCUUAUUGGAAGCAGGUUUGUUUGAAUGUCAUUUGGCCUUGACUGAUUUUAUUCACAUUUGGUAUGCUUGCUGGUAUCAAGUCCAAGAGUAGAGGCCACUACUCUGAAGAUGAUAAGAUGUGAAAGAUAUAUAUUGGGGGGAUGGGGAUUUAGCUCAGUGGCUUAAGCCCCUGCCUGGCAAGUGUUAGGUAAUCAGUUUGAUCCCCAGUACCAAAAAAUAAAUAAAAGAUAUAAAUUCCAGGUUUAAUUUUUUUUAUUUAAAGAGAAAAAAAAAGAACAUAAAAAACAAAGCAGUAAAAGGGUACAAAUCAUACAGAAUUUCAAGAAAAAAUACAGUAAGAAAUCACCAGUUAAUAGGUUACAUAUUGUCUUCGUAGAAACAGUUGUCCAAAUUAUAAAAUUAAAGCAUAUAAAGUGAACAUUCCUACAGCGAGAUUCCAGACAGUUGCAUUCAAUGAACCAACAAAGCUCAGUAAUAUGGUUUUCCUUCCUAUACACUCAAACAGGCAAUUAUAUCUCUUAGACUACCUUCCUUUCCUCUUUUCUUCACAAUUACAUUUACACUUUUGGGGUUUUUUUUUACUCCCAUAGCUCUUAUUACUUUUUUUGAAGAGAAUAAAACCUCAAGUGAGUUAAAAAAAACAGAGUUGGUUAGAACAUAUGGAUGGGCAUAGUACUUGAUGCAAAAAUAGAAUAUCAGGUGAUCAAAAAUGGUUACCAUUGUGCCUCUUGCUAUUUUUUUAAAAAGUUGCUAUAUCAUCAGGUAUAAUAGAAUUGAUCAAAACAGUACAGAACAAGACCAAUAAAAUCUACACUGGAGACCUUAUAGUAUUUCAAAAGAAGAUAAUAGUCAAACCAUAAUGGGCAUCAUAGUAAAUCUUAUUGCCUACAAAGUGGUUGCCUAUACCCGAAACUUGAUACUAUCAAACAAAAUAGAAUAUAGUAAAAUCAGGCAGAAUAAGAUGGGGAGAGCAAUACUGGGGUUAAAAUCAGGUUAAUAGGAAAACAAAAAAGUUACUAUAAUAUAUCCCGCUAUUUUUUAAUUUAGUUUUAUUUUAAUUGAAAUAAAAAUAAGAAAACAUAGAAUAACUUUUUAAAAGGGUGGAGAUCGAGAUAAAAGAGACAUUGUCAUAGAACAACACAGGUCAGAACUGCACAAUUAAAGCAUUUUGUUUCACCACCAGAUAAUCUAACAUAAUAUUAGUCACCAUAGUGCCUCUUUCCUUGAAUUGUUUGAGUAUAAUGUCGUAUACUAUAGAAUCAAUCAUAUCAAGACAGUGUGAAGCCAUUCAAGAGAAUGAAAGAAUUACAGGCUAUUUAGAGCCAGUUAACAGAAAAUGGACAACGAUUUCUAUAUUAUCUCUUUGCCUGUGAAAAUUUUUAUUUAUACUAUCACAUACAGUAAAAUAUAUUAAGAUACAACAUGUUAAAACCAGUGGUAACAUGUACAACAGCUUGAUGGGAGUUCCAAAGAAGAUGAUAUUAAAUCAGGACUAGCUUUUAUGAUGUGUUAUUUUCUUCAGAAUAGCUAUUCAUACUAUCAGUGAUACUAAAAUCGAAAAACCCAGGGUAAAACCAUUGCACUUAAUACCAUGUUGAUUGUACUACAGUUGCUUUGUAGUAUAACUUCAAGUCAGGGAUUGUGGUACCUCCUGCCUUGCUUUUGCUGCUUCUAACUGUCCUUGCUAUUCUAGGUUUCUUCUCAUCCCACAGGAAUUUUAGGGAUGAUUUCUCAAGUUCUAUGAGGUAUGUUGAUGGUAUUUUUAUCGGGAUUGCAUUGCACUUAAUAAUGAGUGAAAACAUUAUAUGGAUUCAAACCAAUAUGAUUGGGUAUCAUGAUUACUACAUACUUCUAUGUAUUAUCAUUUUUUAUACUAGGAAAUAUAUUCAGUAUUUAUACAUGUGAGUUUGAUUUAUUUCACUUAUGAGUAUGGUCUCAAUCUGCAUCUAUUUAUUUAUAUGUCAAUGUGAUCAUUCUUUAUAGCUGAGUAGUACUCCAUUGUAUAAAAACACCAUAACUUUUUUAUCCAUUACCCAGUUGAUGGACACUUAGGUUGUUUCCAAGAUCUGGCUAUUACAAACUGUGCUGCUAUAAAAAUGGGUGCACAUAUAUCACUGCGGAAUGAUGCUUUCAGUUCUUCUGUGAAUAUGCCUAUAAGUAGAAUAGCUGGGUCAAAAGGUGCUUCCAGUCCCAGCUUUCUGAGAAAUCUCCAGACUGAUCUCCACAAUGGUUGCACCAGUCUACACUCCCAAAAACAGUGCAGAAGAGUUCCUUUUUCCCAACAGCAUCUCUGACAUGUGUUGUUGGUAGUUUUCUUGAUCUUGUCCAUUCUUUCAAGAGUGAGAUGAAAUCUCAGUGUGGUUCUAAUUUGAAUUUCUAUAAUGACCAUUGAUGGUGAACAUUUUUUCAUGUAUUUAUUUGUCAUUUGUAUUUCUUCAUCUCAAAAUUGUUUAUUCAUCUCAGAUGCUCAUUUUUGGAUUGGGUCUUUGAAUUUUGGUGGUCUCAUUUUUUAAAAUGCUUUAUAUGUUAUAGACAGAAGACCUCUGUCUGAGGGGCAGUUCACUAAGACAUUUUCCUAGUUUGUGGGUUUUCUUUUCACUAUACUGGAAAUUUCUUUUGAUGUGCAGAAACUUUUUUAUAAGAGGUGAUCCCAGUUAUUGAUUCUGGGAAGCAUUUCCCAUGCGGUUUGAGUCCUGUUCAUCAAUUCUCUACCUACUCCUAUGUCUUCAAGGUUUUUACCCAAUUUGUCUUCCCAUAGAUUUAGUGUUUCUGUUUUAAUAUUUAGAUCUUUGAUCCAUUUAGAUUUUAUUUUAGUACAUGGUGAUAGGCAUGGGUCUAGUUUUAGUUUUAGGCAUAUGGAGAGCCAGUUUUUCACCACCAUUUAUUAAAGAGAAUGUGAUUCUUCCAGUGAACAUGUUUGGCCCAUUUAUCAAAGAUAAGGCAGUUGAGUGUGUUUGUAGUUGUUGUAUCUUCUCAUCUAUUACACUGAUCUUCGGCUCUGUUUCGAUUCCAGUAGCAUGUUGAUUUUAUUACAGUUGCUUUGUAGUAUAACUUCAAGUCAGGGAUUGUGGUACCUCCUGCCUUGCUUUUGCUGCUUCUAACUGUCCUUGCUAUUGUAGGUUUCUUCUCAUUCCAGAUGAAUUUUAGGGUGAUUUCUCAAGUUCUAUGAGGUAUGUUGAUGGUAUUUUUAUCGGGAUUACAUAGCAUCUAUAUAAAAGUUUAGGGAGAAUGGCCAUUUUCACAAUAUUUAUUCUUCCUAUCCAUGAGUAAGGGAUGUCUUUCCUUUUUUUGAGAUCAACUUCAAUUUCAUUUUUCAGUGUGUUAUAAUUUUCCCUGUGUAGGUCUUUCACUUCUUUCAUGAGAGUAAUUCCUAAAUAUUUCAUUUUUUUGGUUGCUAGUGUGAAGGGUGUGGCCUCUCUUAUUUCUCUCUCUGUGACUUUGUUUGUUAGUGUAUAGGAAUGUUAUUGAUUUUUGAGUAUUGAUUCUAUCCAGCUACAUUACUGAAUUUAUUAUAUCUAGGAGUCUUUCAAUAGAGCUUCGGGGAUCUUCUAUAUAAAGUAUCAUGUCAUCUGCAAAUAAUGAUAAUUUAACUUCUUCUUUUCCUAUAUUUAAGCCUUUUAUUUCUCUCUUGUCUAAUUGCUCUGCCCAGUAUUAUCAGUAGUAUAUUAAAUAGGAGCUGUGAAAGGGACAUCCUUGUCUUGUGCCUGAUUUUAAAGUAAAGGCCUUCAAUUUUUGACCAUUUAGUAUGGUACUGGCUGUUGUUUUGUCAUUGCUGGCCUUAAUUAUAUUGAGGUAAGGACCAUCUAAUCUAAUCUUCUGCAAGGCUCUUAUCAUAAAUGAAUGUUGGACCUUAUCAAAAGCCUUUUCUGUAUCUAUAGGAAUGAUCAUGUGAUUAUAACUUUUGGCUCUAUUGAUAUGGUGUAUUACAUUUAUUGAUUUACAUAUAUUAAACAAUCUCUGCAUGCCUGAGAUGAAUCCCCCUUCAUCAUGAUAUAUGAUCUUGUUGAUUUGCUGCAUCCUAUUUGCCAAAAUUUUAAUGAGGAUUUUUGCAUCCUCCUUCAUUAGGCAGAUUGGUCUGUAGUUCUCUUUCUCAGUUGGGUCCUCCUCUGAUUUUUGUACUAGAGUAAUAUUUGCUUCUAGGAACAAUUUAUGAAGGAUUGCUUCCCUUUCCAUUUCAUUGAAGAGUUUGCGGAGUGUUGGCAUUAGGUCUUCUUUAUAUUUCUUGUAGAAUUCUUCAGUGAAUCCGUCUGGGCCUGGGCUCUUCUUUGUAGGUAAUGAUUUUAUUAUGUUUUCAAUUUCAUUAAUAGAAUUUGGGUUAUUCAGUAGUUUUACAUCUUCAUGACCUAGCUGUGGUACUUCAUAUGCUUUAGGAAUCUGUCUAUUUGCUCUGUGUUAUAAAACUUUGAGAGUAGAAGUUUUUGAAAUAGGUGUUGAUGAUCUUCUGUAUUUCAAUAGGGUCUGUAGUAAUUUCACCUCUUUUAUUCCUUAUUGCUUGCAUUUGAACUUUUUCUUCCAUUUUUUAAAUGAGGUUGGCUAGGGGCUUUUCAAUUUUAUUUAUUCUUUCAAAGAACCAGGUCUUUGAUUCAUUGAUUUUUUGGAUUGUUUUUUUAGUCUCUAUUGCAUUGAUUUCUGCUUUGAUAUUUAUAAUUUCUUCUUUUCUUUUGGCUUUGGGCUUGACUUGCUCUUCUUUUUCUAGAUGUUUGAGGUAUAACAUCAGGUUAUUUAUUUGUAUUCAUUCUGUUUUCCUAAUGUGGGAACUCGUGCAAUAAAUUUUCCUCAGAGGACAGCUUUCAUUGCAUCACACAGAUUCUGGUACAUUGUAUUUGUGUUUCCAUUUGUUUGUAGGUAUUGUUUAAUUUCUUCUUUAAUUUCCUCUGUGACUCACUGAUUCCUCAAGAGUGUUAUUCUGUUUCCAUGUGUUUGUGGGAUUUUUGCAGUAUCUUUUAUCAUUAAUUUCUAAUUUCAUAGUGGUAUGGUCUGGUAGCAUGCAAGGGAUACUUUCAACCCUUUAGCAUUUAUUUAAAUAUGCUCUGUGAAUUAACAUAUGGUCUAUUUUAGAGAAUGACCCAUGUAAUACUGAGAAGAAUGUGUAUUCUGUUGUUGUUGGGUAGAAUACACUGUAUAUGUCUAUUAAGUCCAUUUAUUCACAGUUGCGAUUCAGUUCUUUUAUUUCUUUGCUCAUUUUCUGUCUGGUUGAUCUGUCCAUUGGUGUCAGUGGUGUGUUAAGAUCUCCUGUUAGAAUUGUGUUACUACUAAUUUGAUUUUUCAUUUUUGUUAGUACUUGUUUUAUAUAAUUGGGUGCUCUGGAGUUUGGUGCAUGUAAAUUUAAGAUAGUUUUCUCUUCCUCUUGGAGUUUUCCCCUAAGCACUAUGUAGUGACCUUCUUCAUCCCUUCUGAUCAUUAUUGGCUUGACUUGCUGGUCUUGGCAGGAAACCACGGGUUCUACAUCAGGUUUGAUUAUUAACUGCUUUCACAUCCUACAACAUCUUCAAAGUUGCGUAUUUAUAAAAAUAGCUAUAUAAUGUUGUGCUUACUUGUAUAGUCCCUGAUGAUGUAGACAAUUCUAUUGAAAAUAACAAGAGAAAGCAUAGUAAGUAGUGUAUAUCACCUAAUAUUGUGGUCUUAUAUCUCUCUUUCAUAUCAUGAUUUUCUAGGAAUUUGUUUUGUUGUCUUAUUUUGAUCUGUUUUCCCCCAUAACACAGAAAGGAUAGAUACACACAUAGAGAUUCACACAUCGGAAGAAUUUCAAACCUAUUUAUUUAAACAAAUAAUAUAAUGCAUAAUGUAAUGAACAGAUACUCUGAAGAAGUGACACUAAGAAACCCAAUGCUAAUUCUGCAGCAUUAUGAUAUAAAAUUGAGCAAUACUAUUAUUCACUGUUCAGAGUGAUAUUAGUCUAGUCUCUAAUUUUUUGGGGAAUUGUAAUUUUAACAUGGCAUUGUUUUAAUCUUUUGAUGCACAUGCUUCAUUUUCUCUUUCAUAAAUAAUGUUCCUGAAGUUGAGGCAAUAUUUGGCAUUAAGAUAUACAUUUGUAGAGGCUUGGAGUAUGUGUUUUUGACAAAGUUGUGUUCUUUUUCACAUAACUUGUACAUUAAUGAAUGUUAUGUUUUCCAAGUGGAGACAAGACAUCUGCUGAUUUCCUAACAUCACUGGAUAUUAUACCAUGUAAAUUAUGUUGCCUGAUUUUGUUUCUCAGUGGAGCCAAUAUUUGUCAUUUAAGUAAACCUUUGUUUUUCUAACCAUCAGAAUUUUACUUGUUAUGUUUAUAUUACAUCUUUAUUUGCUAGUAAAGUUUCCCCACAUGUACCAAAUGUAAACCAUACUACUGUGAAUUUCUGAUUGUGCCAUACUGAUAGAAUCAUAACUUGUCUCCAAUAGCACAUCACAAUAUAUAUAUAUCAAUAUCUCCAGAAAUUAUAAAAUUUGGCAUGAUUUAUGAGUAAACAUACUUUGAAAUCAAUUUUUUUAAAUAGGGGUUGUUUUGGGGGAAAAUGUUGUUAUUGGAUGUAUCAUGCAAAUGCCUUUAUUUCAUUCCUUGAUGCUGUGAAUGCAUUAUAUAUUUUGUAAUUAUUACUGUUUUUUCCUAAAAUACAGAAGUAAUGGCAUGAAGGGAAACCUAAAUUUUGAGCUGUCAACACAGUAAAAAGUAAAUUUGCUAAAUUAAGAUUCA